CGUUCCUGACUCCACACUGGAACACACCAUCCCUGGAACACGGAAUCUGGCUGGGAACGGAGAAAUGGGAAUGCACUGGGACGAAAAAACUGAGGAGAAUAAAUAUUACCUGCCAUCUGUUGGUCUUCCUCACUCAUCUGUCAUCCACUGUCACUGUUUCUUUUUCUUUUUCUGAGGAGAACUUCUUCAGAGCCUCCAGUGAAAACACAUACAUAUAGAGAUAUAUCUAUAACAAUCCUAUACAUAUAUCAAUAUACAGUAUGCCUGUUUUCAUAAACAGCGUAUGGGGGACAGAACUGAGCAGAAGGAAGACACCUUGAUUGUGAAAACAAAAGCGUCAGGAGGACUAAAGAACAACAGAUAUUCCUUUGAGAGAACAGAACGGUGUAAAACACUGAGAAUGACUUGUGGAAUACCUCCGAACUGUAGUGUGAGGCAUCUCUUCCUCGCUGGCAUCACGCAAUGUUCAGUGGGACAAAGAUCACGAAUAAGGCUUGAUUCCAACAGUGUCAUUUCUUCAGGCUUCUGAAUUGGAAUUCUACCAAGUGUUGUUUUUGUUUUGUUUUUCUCGGGCCACGAAACAGUUUGUCUCAGGGUUAGAUCCUCGAACCUGGAGUCUCUCCAAAGGGGAGGAAUCUUGCUCGCUCUCACUCUCUCCCUGUAGUGAUGACAGCGGCGAGCACAUUGUGUGCUGAAGUGGCGAGGAAAGCUCUCCAUCUUGUUCCCUGAUGAGGGCUGCUUUCCCUGUAUCAGCUUGCUGUUUAGGAGCCGGACAACAAGUCAGCAUUUAACCUGCUCUAAACUUGGAGACAGAACUCUUUGCUCAGCAAACUUGCUUUCUUGGUUCACAUUAACUAAACUCCGCUGGUUUAAUUGUCUCCAGUGGCGCUGUUGCAUUCUGGGAUACACAUUGUGGGAUUACUCAAAGAGGAUCAUGGCUGCCUCACACCUGUUUUUGAAUGUGUUGACUGCCGUUUUACUGUUGAGCUACGUUUCUUACGGUCAACAAUCCAACACUGCCAGCACAGGUGAGCAAGCCACAAAUCGGACGGCUGCUCCCUCUGGUGCCCCGGAGGUCACACUCGCGACCCCGGGGUCAGACACAGAUGAAACCCCGUCAGCCGGGAGCCGCUGUUGGGGUUACUACGAUGUAAUGGGCCAGUGGGAUCCUCCGUUUAACUGUAAUGCAGGAAUCUACCUGUUCUGCUGUGGCUCCUGCUACUACCGAUUUUGCUGCCAGUUCAAGGUUCACAGUUUGGACCAGACGUCUUGUUCCAAUUACGACACGCCGGUGUGGGCCAACACAGGCAAGCCGGCGGCUCCGGUGACCGACGUCCAGGAGGAACCGGAUCGAGACCGCACUCACAUGAUCGUGUACAUAAUAUGUGGGGUGGUGGCCAUCAUGGUGUUGGUUGGGAUCUUCACCAAAUUGGGCCUGGAAAAAAGUCAAGGAGGACAGACGGACAUGACAAACUCCAGGGCCCUGACGGAACUGCUCAAACAGCCAGGCGAGCCCGGGGGUGUGGACAGAGGAGGAGGCCACCACCAUAUCGGAUCCAACGGCAUCUCUGGCAGGUCAAUGUGCACCAACAAUGAGCAUAACCACCUGAAUAAUGUCAUGCUUCCUCCUUUGAGUCCUGCAAUGGCUCUGUCCCAGCCUCACAGCAACCUGGGCUUCAACAAAUACUCCUCUCUCAAAACCAUGGAUACCACAGCAAGGGAUUACUACCCCAUGAUGGAUUACGCACACCGCCAAUCCUCGCCUGCAACCUUCCAGCCUAUUGCUUUCCAUCCAAAAGACAAACCCUUUCUUCCCCCUCCGGACAUCCAUACUCCUUUGGCCAUCACCAUUACGUCAGCUCAAGUCUCCAAGCCCAAGAUCUCCAAGACUAACACCCACCCACUCACCUCGAGCUCAGCCUUCAAAGUUUGGGACCCCAACAAGUGCCAUGUCCAACAUCAGGUCCCUCUCAUGAUGCAGCCACAGCCACCACUGUCCCAACCAAACAGUCGGCGCCAGGCCUUCUCCAACAAGCGUCAGUUUAGCAUCGAGACUCUUCCAGAGUUGUUCACUCAGCCUCUGGGGUACAGACAGUAUCCGCACCUCCACCCAAACCACAAGGGAUUGCCCACGAACAGCAAAACAGAAGUGACGGUCUGAGGGGAAAGCCUGGAAAGGAUACAAACACAAGAAAGCAUGAUUUCGAUUAGACAACCGGAUGCGAAAGCUUCUACACAUGUGCUUCAGUUAUAUUUAUAGUAUAUUUCCUCCAUGUAUUUGUUUUGGACUAGAUUUAUAUUCAUUGUUCUAUAAUACA